AUGUUGCGCUCUUCAUCCAUUACCAAUUUGCAAGACAGAAAGAGUAACAGUUUCUUGAGCUCCUUCAGAAGUAAAAGGGGAGAAACAACCACUGCUACAACCGCUGCCACUCCUCGUAAACAUAGACCGUUAUCACAAUCGUUCUCAUCGAUAAAUUUGAACCAGAAGUACAACAUAUCUCUUGAGAAGACCUCAUACCUGUCUACUGUCAGAAGAGAAAGGAACGGAAAGGACAAGGAAAACGAGCUCACCACAAAGAGAUCAAAUACCCAGAGCACUUCCAUUCCAACAACAAGCCAUACCGGCACUACAGCCAAUUCCAGUACUAGCAGUAAAGGUCAUAGUACUAGUGGCACAAGCUCAAACAGUACACCGGGUCAUAGCCGCAAACUUAAUACAAGAUCUUCAGCUCCAAAUCUCAAAUCAAGUAAGAGACAUUCAAUGCUAUUUUCAGGCAACUACAAUUACAACUCUGUCCUAGGACCAAUGCAAGGAAUAAACUCUACGCCUCCCAUCAUAGAUAUCCUCCCAGAUGAAAUUGCAGCCGACAAAAAUAAUUCAUAUGAAUCUUCUGAAUCAUCAUUGGAUGACUCAAGCCAUUCUCCAUAUACCCCAGAUGAUUUCCAUAGUAUGUUGGAUCCUUUAAUGGACCAAUCUCCUAUUAUCAUAGAUACAGAUUUUGAGUUCGACUAUAUACCAGAGAACGAAUCGUCCUACCUAUAUGAAAAACAGCACCAUCAUACCUUAUCCACUGGAUCCACUGCGUCUAGCUUCUCCAGGAGAAGGAUAAAUGCCCAAGAACUGGGUCUUGGAGAUAUUAUCAAAUUGAUCGAUGACGAUGAAAACAGUGCCCGUUUACCAAUAAACAACCGUAAAUCUUUGGAAUACGAGAACUUGGAAAGAAUAAAAAUCAUGGAAACCUUACAAAGGGUUAACAAAGACAAUGGGGUACUUGCAGACAGUUAUGUAACUACAGUGAGAUUAAUUUCCAAUGCCGUAUUUGUUGGAAUUGAAGAGAAGGGAAACCAGAAUAAUACCGGCGCUCAAAUUCACCACGAUGAGUACAUGAGCGUUCUUAUGGAAGAAUCUUAUGAAAACAACAGUGAAGAUUUCUACAUGGACUUGUAA